ACGAGGCUCUGCUGAGCAUAUUCAACCUUUGGAAUGCCCCUACCCUACCUAAGAUGCUUGUCUGCCGUCCAAUGUCUCGAAAGUGGAUAUAUAGCAGCUUCUACUGAUUCGGAUCGAUCCAAGAUGACAUGUCUGACCAAUGAAGCGAAAGAUAUACUUGUAUUUGCUUUUGAGAAGCACGCCAAAUCCUACUAACAUGUUAUACAUGAAUGCCUACAUACAGCGCUGCAUUCUGGUAGCCCCGCUUGCGUUACUAUGAGUGCCAUUGGCCACAGCUUUAGUGUACAAAAUACUACUCACCGGACUAAAGCAGAAGGUAUU